GUUUGUAGAAGCGUCUAAUUUUGAAAACCAUUAUGAAAACUUGCUCUGUAGAAAGCAGUGGUCUGUGUUUCAGUUUAGUAACACCUUUCCAUUUUAACAUUUUAAGGUUACAAUCUCAUUGUAAGGAAAGUUCGCAACUCGAGUAUGUACAGCAAACUAUCAAGCAUAGUUCGGGACUAGGAAGAUACUUGAGGGUCAAAGCAAUCACUUGUGUAGGCUAUGCAAGGAACUGCAAGCCUUGUGUAACUGGAAACGGACCCAAAAGUCAAAGAAAUGAACGAUACAACAAGAAGGCUGCAAAGGUUGAAAAUUCAAAAGUAUUCGAUAAAGAGUCAGAAACUUACGAAGAAUUGAGUACGAAAGACAAAGGCUUUCCCAAAGAGGACAUAACGGACAAGUUAUGCAAAGACUGGGAUAUUGAAGCACUGUCCUCAGACGCGUUGGUGGAAGCAACCUUGCAGCUUGAAAAAAGUCUCAAUCAUCAAACGAGCAUCAAGAAGACUCUGAAAGAGACGCAAACACUUGCUAACAAAGAAACGUCCAAUAAUUCGUUCAGCAAGUUUGACCUAGAGAGAACCCUCGACAAACUGGAAAAGAGUUACUCAGUCAACACAAGAUUCGCCAAAGAACAGAAAAGCAGAAAUGACGAACUUCCAAUACUGAGGAACAGCAGCGUGGUAGCUAUUCGAAAUGGCAAUAAUUCUGUUUUUAACUUGAGAGAAUACUUGGAAAAUAUUCAGCAGUCACAAGCAGUCCGUCACAAUGAAGAAUUGAAGCUCACUGAAAACAUAAAGAGAGGUUUAUUAGCAGACACCAUGUUUAAAGAACUCAGCCAACGCUUAAACAGGGAGCCUACAGUAUACGAAUGGGCUGAUGCACUUCAAGUUUCUGCCGAGAAGUUGGAAGAAAUUAUGAAACUUGGAAGAAUUUCUAAGCAAGCUUUAGUUACACUUCACAUGGGUCUGAUUAGAAUGAUCGCAAGAGAAGUGCUCCGUUCUCGAUUUUCAGUUGAUGCCAAAACAAGCUUUAUGGACCUUGUGCAGGAAGGUUCUGUAGGUGUUCUACGUGCUGCAGAAAAAUAUGACGGGAAACUUGGUUGGAAGUUUUCUACUUAUGCGUCAUGGUGGAUACGAGCUACCAUGAAUAGAGCAUUGGAAGAACAUUCCCGUUCUGUACAUAUUCCUGUUGGGGUUCUUGAAUCGUAUCACUUGGCCAAGAAAUUGGAAACCUCUUUAAAGGGAAAGCUUGGACGAACUCCUACUGAUGAAGAAAUCGCAAGGGAGAUGGGCGUUUCGGUGAAAAAAUUGAGAUUUUGUAUUCAGUCUGUACAUAAUCGUCCGAUGUCGUUAGAUAGUUUUUUCUCUACCGCAGAUGGCUCUAAAGAUGCAGAUAGUGCUAAAUUAAUUCCAGAUUCUAAGACGGACGAAGCCAUCGAUACAAUUGUGGAAUCUAUGUUACGGACAGACCUUGAACAGCUCAUAGAUGAGAAACUUAAGCCGAAGGAGAAGCAAGCAUUGAUGUUGCGUUUUGGAUUGGAAGACGGAGUACCUAGGUCGCUAGAAGAAUGCGGAAGAAUAAUGGCAUUGAGUUGUGAAAGGGUUCGCAAAUUAGUUCUCGCUGGCCUAGAGAAAUUGCGACAUCCUAGCGUAAUUCAAAAAUUGGAAGUCUAUGCCUGAAAACAUUUUUGUAUGGGCUAAACGAUCUAUACGGUUUUGGGAAAGCAACUUGGGAUGACUUGUAUUAUUUUGGUUUUAGGUGUGUAUAUUUUAAGAGUAAAGUGCAAUCGUAGAAU